CUCUGUUCAGUUUAUUUCUUGUUUCCAAUUCUCAAGUAACUUUCAACACGGACCCUCAACAGUCAACCUCGCAUACUAUUCUACUGCCAGUGCACUAACACAAAUCAUGUCACAGACGAGUGCAGAGGCACGCGACGAGAGCAGCCGUGAAGGCUCUGCCGUUUUGAAGAACGACGACAUCAAAGCUCAAGCUGCCCAACAGCCGCCAGCCCCGUCAUACCCCGGUGGCCUCACUCUAGCCAUCAACUUGUUCGCGCUCUUCAUCUCUCUCUUCUGUGUUGCAUUGGACAGCACUAUCAUUGCAACGGCUAUCCCACGAAUUACCGACCAGUUUCAUGCUCUGCAAGAUGUGGGUUGGUAUGGUUCAUCAUAUCUCCUCACGAAAUGCGCCUUCCAGCUGCCUUUCGGAAAGACAUUCCGUUUCUUUAGUCUGAAAUGGACUUUCCUUGCUGCUCUGCUUAUUUUCGAGAUCGGUUCAGUUCUCUGUGCUGCUGCCACUUCCUCAGCAAUGUUGAUCGUUGGUCGCACAAUUGCCGGUAUUGGAUGUGCAGGUAUCUCGAGCGGCGGUCUCAUCAUUAUUGCGAACAUUACUCCAAUGGAAAAGAGAGCCACAUACCAGAGUCUUUACGGUGGUAUCUUUGGCAUUGCGUCUGUCGUCGGACCAUUGGUCGGUGGGGCUUUCACUGACAAGGUGUCAUGGCGCUGGUGCUUCUAUAUCAAUCUUCCACUCGGUGCUGUCUCGGCUGCGUUCAUCAUCGCUUUCCUCCGCUUGCCUUCGAAGCCCAACCCUUUCAAGGACCAGGGCGUUCUGAGCCUGUUGUGGAAUCUUGACCCGGUCGGAUUUAUCCUGUUUGUACCCAGCAUCAUCUGCCUUUUGUUCACUCUCCAGUGGGGAGGUACAACCUACGCAUGGAACAGCGGGCCGAUCAUUGCUCUGUUCGUUGUAUUCGGCGUAACGCUUCUUGCAUUCAUUGCUAGCCAGGCCUGGCUCGGUGAGGGUGGAACCGUUCCACCUCGCAUUGCCAAGCAACGCACAAUUUUCGCCUCGAGUCUCUUCACCUUUUGCCUCGCGGGUACCUUCUUUCUCCUCAGCUACUUUAUCCCGAUCUACUUCCAAGCUGUGAAGGGAGAUUCAGCCCUGAAAUCCGGUAUCGACACUAUCCCGGUCAUUCUACCCAACGUUAUUGGAAUUCUGUUCGCAGGUUUCGGGACGAGUAAGAUCGGCUACUACGUGCCAUUCAUCUACCUUGCUGUAAUUCUCGCACCUAUUGGUGCCGGGCUCUUGACUACUCUUGAUCCGAAUACCAGCACAGGAAAGUGGAUUGGGUAUCAGAUUCUCUUCGGAUUCGGCUCCGGCUGCGGCUUCCAGCUUCCCCAGGUUGCUGCGCAGGUCGUGCUUCCGCCUCGUGACAUCCCUACCGGUAUCUCCGUAUCUAUGCUCUUCCAGAGUCUAGGCGGUACCAUAUUGAUUAGUGCAGCCAACAAUGUGCUAAAUGCCGAUUUGGUACGCAAUAUUAAUGCGCUUAACAUCUCUGGCGUGACUGGCAUGGAUGUGGUCAAUGCAGGUGCUACGGGCUACCGUUCCAUCAUCCCCGCUGAUCGUCUCACCGAGGUCGUUGACGCAUAUAACUCGGCUCUGAAGAAGUCCUUCCAGAUUGCACUUAUUAUGGCGUGCUUGAGCGCUCUUCCUGCUGUCCUCCUGGAGUGGAAGAGUGUUAAGAAGGGACCAGCUGGUGCGGGAGCUCCGAAGCCAGAUGCGAAGUCUCCUUCAGCUCCUGCACGAGAUGUGGAAAAAGGGUCUUCUUAA